CCCUUGUGCUGUGUGUCCUUCUGUCUGUCUGUCUGUCCUCACUCGUCUCUCUUCUUCUCCACAGGUUGGACUCUUGUGGUCUCACCUCGGCCUGCUGCUCAGCUCUCUCCUCGGUCCUCUCGUCUCCAAACUCACAGCUGACUGAACUGAACCUGAACAACAACAACCUGGGAGAUUCAGGGGCUCGUCAGCUGAGUGAGGGGCUCAGGAGUGACAACUGUAAAUUAGAGACACUGUGGCUCAGGUCUUGUGGUCUCACCUCGGCCUGCUGCUCAGCUCUCUCCUCGGUCGUCUUGUCUCCAAACUCACGGCUGACUGAACUGGACCUGAACAACAACAACCUGGGAGAUUCAGGGGCUCAUCAGCUGAGUGAGGGUCUCAGGAGUAAAAUCUGUAAAAUAAAGACCCUGAGGUUGGACUCUUGUGGUCUCACCUCGGCCUGCUGCUCAGCUCUCUCCUCGGUCCUCUUGUCUCCAAACUCACAGCUGACUGCACUGUGGCUGAACAACAACAACCUGGGAGAUUCAGGGGCUCAUCAGCUGAGUGAGGGGCUCAGGAGUGACAACUGUAAAUUAAAGACACUGAGGUGA